AUGCAUGGCCAUAAUUAUGGCUUUUUCAACGACAGGCCGCCUCGAAAACCGCAACGAAGAGUAGCUGCUCCACCAAGGCGAUUUCACAGUCCCACCGUACCUUUUCAAAACAGGCCCAGCACCGUUCAAACAAACUGCCCACCCCAUCCACUCGACUACUACACUCAACUACAGACAGAAAGACAGAAUUUGAUUCAAAUCCCCUUGCGCUUUAUACCGAUGGGACCGCCACCAAAAGUCCCAAAUAACUUUUGCAAACCAAACAUUCUUACGUGCAAGCCUCAGCCACCAUACGAUUCUAGUGCUGACUCACUGGAGGAAAAUUGGCUUGAAUUCAAGACAGAGACUGGCAAAAUUUAUUACUACAACAAUACCACGAAAGAAACCACGUGGAUUCGACCAAAUGCAAUCAUAAAAACAACCACAAAAAAUGCAUCCGUGAAAUGGAAAACAGCCACGAGUCCCGAGGGAAAAACAUAUUACUACAACACCGAAACAUUUGAAACUUCGUGGUUCGCUCCUGAAAGCAUAGACCAACCUCUUCCUUCAAAGAUGGAUCAAAUUGAAAAAACACUCCCUACAAAACGGGGUCAGGUCGAAAACGCACAAACAUCAAAAGCUGGCCAAAUAGAUGACUUGGAGAAGGCUAUACGAGCAACAAUUGGUGGUCAACGUGAACUUCAAAAGUUACCACUACAAAAAUCUUUGCCAAACCUAAGAGAGGAUUUGCCUGCCAGAAAAAGAAGAGAAGAAAUAUUUUCUGAAAUGCUUGAAUCUAAAUGUAAUCAAGGCAAAAUUGCUGUGACAGACUCUUGGGACUACGUAGUGAAGUUUAUUAACUCGGAUCCACGAUUUGGAAUUAUUACUAAAGGUAGCGAAAAAAGGAAAAUAUUUAAUACUUGGAAAGUGCAACGUAUGAACGCGGAACAGAAAGAAUUGAUCGUUGCUCGUAACAAAGCAAAAAGUGACUUAACAGCCUACCUGUUGGAGCAUCCAAAAAUGAAGACGGAUAUAAUAUACCGUACAGCGUGUAAAAGGUUUCAAGAACAAAAAAUUUGGCAAAUAGUAUCAGAUGAAGAUCGUCAAAUCAUUUUUGCAGAUGUGAAAAGAGUUGUUCAUAAACGGGCACUUGCAGCUGUUAAAAGCGCUCAGCAAAAAAAUCAUAAGGCACUUUUGGAUAUUUUCAAAGGAAUCAAAGAGAUCGACUACAAAACCACCUGGGCAAAAACUCAAAAAUUGUUGGCUGAAGAUGAGCGAUUUCAAAAAGCUUUUGACUUGCAAGAACUUCACAAAGAUGAUGCGCUUUUGAUUUUUGAGAAACACACUACUCAAGCGGAGAAAGCUCACGAAACGGAGAAGACUGCACAAGACAAUCUGACGCAAAGAACGAAACGAAAGAUUCGUGAAAACUACAUUGCACUGCUGGACGAACUACAUCAAAAAGGGAUAAUUCACUCCGAGUCGCGAUGGUCUUCGAUACGUCCUAUCAUUUCAUCGGACGUUCGAUUCAACAAUAUGUUUCUGCAAAAUGGAACCAAUGCUCUUGACAUUUUUAAGUUUUACGUCGAAGAUUUGAAAGACCGUAUCUCAACAAGAGCGUCCCUGAUAGCGAAGGCUUUAUCAGAGAAAGGAAAAGUUUUGCAGUUUGAUACGCCAUAUGAUCAAUUUGCCCAAUGGGUGCAAAUGAAUAACCGAAUUGAGAAAAUAGACGGAAGUACUCUGUUACGAUGUUACGAGUUACUAGCCCUCAAGGCUAUUCAAAAGAAAAAAGAAGAACGAAAACAAGAGAAGGAAGAGUUUUAUAAGUUUUUGGGUGCUCAAGCAGAUAUGAACACGGAUGCCGAGUGGAGUAAAAUUUUACCAAAAAUUGAAGGCAAACCAGCGUUUAAGGCGAUUGAAACGGACACUCUUCGUGAAAAAUACUUCGACGAUUACAUCAAGGAUUUACGGGCUGGCGGGAAAAGUGGCAAGGAGCGCAAACAUAAACAACAUGGGAAAAAGCAUUCGCGAAAAAAAAGAAAACACUCUUCUCGAGACCACGAACACAAGGCAAAGAAAACGAGACGCAAAUCCAUCAAAGAUAAAGAU